AUGGAUUGUCAAGAAAAUGAGUACCGGGACCAAUGGGGGCACUGUGUCACCUGCCAACAGUGUGGCCCUGGACAGGAGCUCUCCAAGGACUGUGGUUAUGGAGAAGGUGGAGAUGCAUACUGCAUAGCCUGCCCUCCCCGAAAGUAUAAAAGCACCUGGGGACAUCACAGGUGUCAGACUUGCAUCACCUGUGCUGUCAUCAAUCGAGUCCAGAAGGCCAACUGCACAAAUACCUCUAAUGCUAUCUGUGGAGACUGUAUGCCCAGGUUCUACCGAAAGACACGCAUUGGGGGCCUGCAGGACCAAGAAUGCAUCCCAUGCACAAAGCAGACUCCUUCUUCUGAGGUUCAGUGUACCUUCCAGUUGAGCUUAGUGAAGGUAGAUGCACACAAUGUUCCCGGUAAAGAAGCCACACUUGUCGCACUGGUGGGCAGUCUGCUGGUGGUGUUUGCGUUAGCCUUCCUUGGACUCUUCUUUCUCUACUGCAAGCAGAUCUUCAACAGACAUUGUCAAUGUGUUGCAGGAGAUUCGUUGCAAUAUGAGGCUGAAAAGGCAGUGGAGGAGGAUUCUAUUUUCCCCAUGCCACCUGGCCAGGAGACAAGUCCUGAACUUCCAGGGAAUGAGAGCAUCUUUGAGAUCAAGCCAAUUCACUCCGUUCUGGAUGACGGCUGCAGCUCCACUCGUGGCUUUCCCACCCAGGAGUCCUUUACCAUGGCCUCCUGCGCCUCAGAGAGCCAUUCUCAAUGGGUCCAUACCCCCAUUGAAUGUACAGAGCUGGACCUACAAAAGUUGUCCAGCCCUGCCUCUUGUCCUGGAGCUGAAACCUUGAGGGAGAACACAGCUGGAAGCUCCAGAGACAGGCUGGGGCUCCACGUACCUUUGGAAGUUCCCGGCCUUUGACUCUACUGAGGUGAGCUAGAAAGGUAUGGCUAAAAGACCAGAAGGUGUGGUCUUUUAACUUCUCAACAAAUUUCCAAGUUGUAUUGUUCAAUAGGACUUUGGCGGAAGAGUGGCAGGAAAUUGGGCUGAUAGAGGU